AUGCUGACUCCCGAGGCUGCUGAUUCGCUGAGUGCGACCACAUGUGAGCCGUGUCGGGAGCAGCAUCUGAAAUCAUCCACGGGCCAGACACCGGUAGAGUCCCGGCCACCCUCGGCCUCUCACACACCAGACGCUCAGGCGGCACAGCUGCGGUCCAACAUCUACCUCGACCGCCCCAUCUGGCCCAUCGAGAGCCGUGAAGAGGCCGUCCUGUUCCGGCACUACAUCCAGAAGCUGUCCAUCUGGCUCGACCUCUGCGACCCAGACGCCCACUUCAACACGUCUAUUCCUGCCCGAGCCGGGACCUGCCCCAUUCUGCUGAACGCCAUCUUUGCUCUCUCCGCUCGUCAUCUGGCGCACACGCUCCGAUACGACGCUCUAGCUUCGAACCGUUACCACGAACAGUGUCUCACUUACCUCAUCCCAUUACUCGAUCAUGCCGUCACUGUAUCAGAUGAGAAUCUCUUUGCCGCCACCAUCAUCUUACGCGUCCUCGAGGAGAUGGACGUGCCUGUUCUCGGACAGGAUACCCACGGCCAUCUCCUUGGUAUCCACGCCUUUGUCGCCCCCCAUUCCGCCCCGCCCACGCCGACAACGCCCGAUCCUGGUCCGAGGAGCCCCCUCUCCCCCCAUUCGCUCUCGGCCGCCUGCUUCUGGGUCGGGCUCCGUCAGGAAAUCUACAGUGCUGUUAUGAACCACCAGCCGGUGCGCAUGAAUCUUGCCCACCCUGCCGUCGUCGACCGGUCCACUACGCCGGCGGAUGACUAUGCCUGGGCAAAUCGAGCCAUUGUGCACUGCGCGGACGUGCUGAACUUUUGCUUCGGUCCGGACCACGCUGACCGGCCGAGGUGGCAUGCCCUCCGCGAAGCGAACAAGAACUGGAAGGCCGCGCUGCCGGCGUCGUAUAUGCCUGUGUUUUACCGCGAGAGAGAUCUCAAUGCUGCCGAGACUGGAGAUGCUGAGGCUGAUGCCAUGAAGGCCUUUCCGGAAGUGUGGUACUGGAAAGGUUGUCACAUCAUCGCCGUUCAACACCACAUUUUAGCAGAGCUCUACCUCGCACUUUUCGAUCCCGCCCAUCCCCGCACUGGCCUCCAGCGUCGCGCUGCCGACGCCGCUCUCGCGUCCCAGGCGCGCACUCUUGUACGCAGCUUGUGUGGGAUCGGCACCUGCAACCGAUGGUGUCCGCCCGCCAUGUUCACGGCCUGCAUGGGCGUGGCUGCAGCGGGCGACCGGUUUGAGGAUAGAAGGGACCAGGAGGCGUUGCUGGCGCUUCUGAGAGCUACCGAGAGGGAGCAUGCCCGGCCGACGCGCGCGGUGUGCGAUCUGCUCAAGGGAUGCUGGGGAUGGGAUCAAAAUGAGACAUGA